AUGGAAUUUUCCGACAUUGAUAACGUGAAAGUUGAGAAAGAGAAAGCCAUGAUGAGGUACCGUCGGCGUCGAAAAAUUGCCAAGGUGUUGCGGUUGCUCGAGGUGUGCGUCGCUCUCGCCGUCCUCUCCUGGUGGUCGGCUCGCUUGCCGACUGCCGUCCUACUCUCCGGCGAGUAUCUCCUACAACAACUCCCUGUUUCUCUCUCUAGCACUCACAUCGCUUUCCUCAUCGGUAACGCCAUCGCCGUCGCUAUCUACUUGCUUUCCCGCCAAAACGAUCCCGGAGACAAUGGCGGCUUCGCUACGGAUUUCUACGACGAGUACAUUCAAAGCAGCGGGAACCGUCAGCGAACAACCACCGUCCCCGACGGAAAAAUGACGCCGGAGACGGCGGAGGAGACGACCAACCACGACAGGCAGAUGGUGGUGUCGGAGAAUGCGGUAACGAAAUUGGAGACAGCCAUGAAGCAGGCGACGAAGGAGAUACGGCGGUUUCAGAGGACUCAGUCGGAGAAGUUGAAACGGGAGAUCAGAGCGAAGCCACGGCGAGAGCUACGGCGAUCGGAGACAGAUAAUGACCGGAGCACCGUUCUCUCCGGCGGAAGACGAAGCAUGUCGUCAUUUGACACGGUGGAUACUCUGAGCAACGAGGAGUUCCAGCAAACGAUUGAUGCGGUCAUUGCAGAGCACCGGAGGUCUUUGUGGACACAGAAGGUGGUUGAUGAAAAUCACUAA